GUUGUAAUUUAACCCCAUUGUAACGAAGUGAAAAGCUAGCUAGUAUCUAGAGCUAAUUGUGGUUAAAUGUUUACCAAACAUUAAUGUGACUACGACGCUAAUUUUAGUCAACUGUAUGAAUAUUUUGGACUGAUUAUUUCAAGUUGUUCUAAGCAAGCAGCAUGUCAAAUCACUUCGAGGAGAGGAGCGGAGUCAUCCUGUGUAGAACAUCGUGGGGGUCUUGGUAUCAAACCAUGGAGGAGGUGUUUAUCGAGGUAAACGUUCCUCACGGCACGUCUGGUAAAGAAGUGAGCUGCAUCCUGGGAUCCAAACACAUUGAGCUGCACGUGAAAGGACAAGAGAUAUUCAAGGGUAAGCUAUUUGGAACCACAGUUUCUGAUGAAGGAACAUGGACAUUAGAGGACAAGUGUCUGAUCCGCAUCGUAUUGAUGAAGACAAACCGGGAAGCAGGAAACUGUUGGGCGUCUCUGCUGGAGGGGCAGUACUGCGCGGACGCAUGGGUUCAGGACCAGAUGCAGCGCAAACUCACUUUGGAGCGCUUCCAUAGAGAGAAUCCAGGGUUUGACUUCAGCGGGGCAGAGAUCUCUGGGAACUUUGCAGGUGGAGGGCCAGACUUUUCCAACCUGCAGAAGUGACGUGAUACAGUGCUGUCCUGAACCACCAUGCUGGAGAGCUUGAUCCCACCCCUGAACCUUCUACUGUCCGGGCUGAGACCCCAGCAGCUGGCCAGGUGGACAGCAGCGACUUAACUCGCUAUUGAAGGGGAAGUAGAAACCAUUGUCACAUGCUAACACCUGUCCCCUCAGGGGUCGGGAUUAACGGCAUGGGCUCUGGGUCAUCCCAGUGCUACACGCUAACAGUGUACAAAGUUGGAAGGGUUUAUACAUGGGGAUGCAAGUGUCAGUGAAAGCCAUCAUUUACUUGCCAACCAGCUGCCUUUUAAGUUCUGUUUAUUCUGCCAAGCUGUUCUCAUUGCACAUGAGAACAUGAAUGUGUUUUACAUGUCGGCUAGGGUGGGGUUCAGAAACUGAAUCUAAGAAUAUGUCAACUGGGUUGCUUUGAGCGAAGUAUAUUGCAAUAUUUUAAGUGGAAUAAAAUGUUUU